ACCAGUGCCCAGUGUAGCUGCACCACUGCCCAGUGUCCAGACUCCACCACUGCCCAGUGUCCAGGCUCCACCACUGCUCAGAGUCCGGGCUCCUUCAGCUGCACCAGUACCCAGUGUCCAGGAUCCUUUAGAUACACCAGUGCCCUCAGCAAUGGCUGUUGACGAACACUGCAUUCCUGGAAUGGACCGGGUGGAUGCGUUGGCAGAGUGUCUGGUGGAGCUGCGCACACAGACAAGCCUCACACUUACCAACCAACAAGUUGCGACCAUUGUGGGUCUGUGGCAGAACCUGGACAAAUUUGAUAAAGACAGGGUGGUGUAUGCUGCUCGUCAUCAAGACAGGCUACUUACAGGACGUUUUAGGUCCCCAAAAAAGAAAGCUGUCUUCACUCCUGGUGUCGACAGCACAAAAAGGUGUGUUUUGGGUUCUAGCGGCUCUCCAGCACAGUGGCCUAAUUGCUGUCGCCUUGUUGAAAUGAUUUUCAUAAGGUUAUGUAACAUCCACCGAAGCCCCAAGAAACAGCGGACAGAAUGUCUGUCUAGAUGGGAUCUCAUUCUUCGUGAUUACAGAAAAAUUCGGCAGCUAAUCCUGAACAAUGGAACGGUGAUGAGUGACACAACCCUUCAGCUAGUUGAGGUAAAUCAGAGGACCCUUACGACAUGGCACAAUAACCGUUUAAAGGGUCAGGAGGUCUCCUUGCUGUUGCAAGGGCUGGACCUUCCAGAGGCACGUCCAGUGGCUUUGGAUGUUUUGCCUCCAGCACGAGUACAGCCUGUUGUGCCUCCACAAUAUAGCCACCAGUUGCAUACCUACCAGAUGCCACCAGACACAGCUGGACAGGCAAAGACAAAGUUUAGAAAGAUUGCGCCCUCAGCUACCUAUGUUUCUGGUGCCCUGCCCAGCCCCAUUUUCCACCAUUAA